AUGGAUUUUAAUUUUUCCAUAUAUACAUCUUUGACUUUAGAAUCACUGGAAUUGCCUCCCUCAAAUGUUUUCCCAGCAUUCAUAUUUGGAACUCUCACCUAUUGUGCCAUUUUGGUUUUCAAUAUGACUGUGUUGCUCACUAUUGCUCUGAAUCGGAAACUUCAUAAGCCUAUGUAUGUUCUGUUGUUUAACUUGCCAAUCAGUGAUAUGGUGGGUGCCUCAGCCUUUUUCCCUCAGCUGGUGUCUAGUAUUCUGUCACAGAAUAGAUCCAUCACUUACUCUGCUUGUUUUGUCCAAGCCUUACUGGUUCAUCUGUGUGGAACUGGAGCAAUUCUCACUCUCAGUGCUAUGGCUUAUGACAGAUACAUUGCUAUUUGUUGUCCAUUGAAAUACAACACCUUGAUGUCUCCAAAUAACUUGCUGAAAAUAAUUAUUAUGAUAUGGAUCUUAGAUUUUACCUUGAUUGGUUCACUACUUGCAUUGAACUACCGCAAAGAGAUUUGUAGCACAAAAAUAGUGGACAUUUUCUGCAAUAACCCAUCUUUGAUGAAGCUGGUGUGUGGAGAUACAAAGUUAAAUAACUACUAUGGACUGUUUUUAACAGCUUUUUUUGAAGGUCUGUCUCUGCUGAUAGUGGUAUUCACCUACAUCCAAAUCUUAAUCACUGUUGUUGUUAAAAGACAGUCUGAUGCCAAAAGUAAAGCGAUUCAGACCUGUGGUACACACUUAAUUGUAUUCUUAUGCUUUCAGUUCACCGCAGUCUUUGCUUUCAUAGCUCAUAGAAUUGAUGCAGCAUCCCCAAGCCUACGACGGGCCUUUGGUGCUUCUGCCAUAAUAUUUCCUCCAAUAAUUAAUCCUCUAAUAUAUGGACUGAAAACAAAAGAAGUUCGCCAGACUUUUAUAUUCUUUUUCCAUAAGACAUUUUUCCCAACAAAACAGAAUAAACUGAGUGGGAUGAAAAUGGCCAAAGACAGUGAGGACUUUAAUGUUGCACUGCGUUUUGACAGGGAAAGCACAGGAGGUAUAUUUGUUACUUAA